AUGGAGACGCCAUACGAACAGAUCCAUACUGUCUUGGAGAAGAGUGUCGACCGUCGGGGGAGGAUCUUGAACGUGUACGUUCCGCAUUUGGCGAGACACACUGCAGACAGGACCUUUCAGAUUUCAACACGAGCCACACUAGAUGAGGAAACAUUGGAGACGUGGACGGACGAACACAUUCCGUACGAGACGGACCGGCAUGAAGGGGUGUUCCACUCUGGGGAAAUUGUGGGGUUGAGGGAACAGCUGUAUCUCUCUCUGAAACGGUCAUACAGGAAGACUUGGGGAUCUAUCAAUCCUACUCGCAAGGAUCUUCGCAAGUGUCUGAUAUCUCUCUCUGGCCUAGAAGAGUCGAUCCCCCCCGUGUAUUACAACAUAUCCCCCAAGGUGGACGUUGAGCGGGUGUCGUAUAUCAAGUACAACUCGAGAAUCAUUGACAAUCUAUUCUACAUCUCCUUGUACAAGCAAGACUUUGAUCUAUGCUAUGAGUUGUUUCGGAUUCUCGUGUCCACUUUUGAUACCGACAUCUUACAGAUAUGGCCAAUUGGCGUGCACAUUCUUGUGCAGCUCAACGUCGGGGACUUUGUACAGAAAUUACAGGACAUUUAUGAUGGAGAGCUCCCUGAUGACGAGGUCCUUGAAGAUCUGGCCUUUCUUCAAAACAGGAAAAUGAUUAAACUCAUGGCCGGAACGAGCAACAGGCUCCUCUUGGAGGCGUUGGAGCAAAUAGUGGGCAAGCGGCCUCUCCAGGAGAAGGUUCUCAGGUUUUUGGAGCUGAUUCUACGAAGUUCCCGAAACCAGCAUCCGUUGAAAGGCCUGUACCCUGAACAGACGUUGUAUAAGAGAGAGGAGGAUAGACGGACCCGGAAUGGAGACGUGGACAAUGGAGACAAUGGAGACGAGGACGACAGCGAGGACGAGGAGUCUUCUAGUGGGUACGAAGAGGACGAUGAGGUGGAGAAGGAAAAGAGGCGGAUUUUUGAGGGUAAACAAGAAGACGAAGAAGAAGACGAAGAAGACGAAGAAGACGACGAAGAUGAGGAGGAUUCUGACUCGUCCAGCGGAGAGGGAGAAGGUGGGAAGGCUGCCAGUGAUGCGGAGGAAAGAGAUGUACGUAUCUCCAUGUCCUCACUAAGGAAGAGGUACCCGCCAGCGUUGCAUAGACACUCGGCACCACUGCAUCGACACGGAACCAGACGGAAAACACCAACGUUUCUGCUCUCCUACUUGUGGAUGUUGGCAAGAACGGGCGACUUCAAAAAGUUGCAGGAUGUUAUUGAGCCGUUGCUCCUUGUCAUUCCCACCUCGAGUGACGCAAGGGUCGUGUUGGCCGAUAUCAUGUCGCAUGUCAUUGAAAUCGUCUCGUCAGAUGGCAAUACACAAGAGAAAAUGGACGCCAUGCUGGACUCAUGGGAGAGAUGGAAGUUGGAAUACACCAGUAAACGACGGAGCAAAAGAGGCAUUAAACAGUAUGUCCAAUGGGAGAAGAUUGAGACAGCCCUUGAAGAGUUCCAGAAGUUGAUGCAGGAGGAAGAGAGGUAUCAUCAGGAAUCUGCAAAUGCCCACCCGGAAACCCCCACUGAUCACGACAACUAUAUACCCAUAAGUGAGUUUAUGGACAAGUUUGAUUCCUUUGGCUCGGAUUCCGACAGCAGCUGA